CAUUCCGCAAUUUAUGAAGCGGAAGUAGCAUGCUUGAUGGCGUCUUUGUUACUGUUAGUAAACAUGUUGGUGUUGUGGGAUGUUUAAUGAACAAAAUCAGUAGUUAACACGAUUGAAACUAGUUUGGAGAAUACUUAUUGGUGUAGAUCCUAUGUCAGAUACAAAGAAAUACGAUGAACCAGAAGACGGUCGAGCAACGCGUCGGGGAUGUGGUCGCAGAAAUCUUGAGGAAUCAGGCCAUGGAGGAGGCUUUUUGCCCAGUUAUCAACCACAGCGAUCCAAUUGUAGCGUACAAUAAACAACAGAACGUCAACAAAGUGAAAAGUCUUUGGAGUUCUUUAUCAGAGGAAUCCAAGGAGAAUGUUGACCUGGCAUUGCGAACAUAUGUGCGUAGUAUAUACAAACAGCAGAAUGCUGCGAGGGUUGGAAUACUCUGUGACAUCCUAGAAGCUCUUGUUGAAAUUAGUGCUCUUCCAGCUAAAAAUGUCUGCGAUGCCCUCCUUUCUCAUGAAGAUCUGAAUGUGAAACAUCCAAUCCACUGGAAUGCAACCUUCAAAACCAUUCGUCGUGUCAUAGGUGGAGUUGACUACAAGGGCGUUCGAGAUAUGCUGAAGAUAUUUCUUGAGAAGAGCAUGGAAAUUGGCAGCACAGAAAGUAUCAGUGUGCUUCCACAGUUACAAAUCAUCACACAAACAAUCUCCUAUGUGAUAGAUCGUAAUGCUUGUCUCAUGCCUGCCUACUUUGCAGUGUAUGAGCUUUUGAAAGUGUGUCCUAAUGCUCGGCUGUGGCCACAUUGGCUUGGCAGGACUUUGUCAGGACUAGUUGACAGCUUUCGUCCAGCAGCCCAGAUGGUGUCAAUAGCUGGUCGAAGUCGGUUGCUACCAGUGGUAGGCCACUCCAUGGCCAUCAGCAAUGUGUGGCGUCUAAAUUCUCAGACCCUCAGGUUUCAACUGAAUGGUCCUCUGCCAUAUGACCAGGAACUUUUAGAGCCACAAACUGGACUUCUUCGAUAUGUGCUGGAACAAACAUACUCAAGAGAGCUUGUGUGCACAAUGCUAGGAUUAAACAAACAGGCAAAAGUACGCUGUGAGGCCCUGGAAGCUCAGCUGGUAGACCUGGUCAUCUCAGCACUAGAAAGAUGCGAAGAGGAACCUGAUCCAGCAACUGUUGCAGCUACUAGCAGCAAUCUUGAUGAGGCAGAUCCUAGUCAACUGCACUGGCAGCACCUGUCCAGCCAGCUCAUCUUCUUUGUUCUUUUUCAGUUUGCUUCUUUUUCACAUAUGGUGUUGGCUCUUUAUGAGAAGCUUAAGGGAAAGCAGCUACGUAAAGGUCGUGAUCAUUUAAUGUGGGUUCUUCUGCAGUUCAUAUCAGGCAGCAUUCAGAAAAAUCCAAUCUCUGACUUCCUGCCUGUGCUGAAGCUGUAUGACCUACUGUACGCCGACACGGAGGUGAUCCCAAUGCCAGACAUUACUCGUGCCUCAGCAACACAUGCUUUAGCCUCUACAUGCAUCUGGAUUCAUCUCAACAAGAAGGCAGAGAAUGACAAGUUGUCGAGACCCAUACCAUUUGGCCUGAGAGAGCAUCUGGACUUUCUGAAGCAGACUUUGAAUAUGAAAUACAUGCCUAGUAAUGACUACAAGAUUGCACUCUUGUGUAAUGCAUACAGUACAGAUACAGAAUACUUUGCACGACCAAUGGGUCACCUGAUCGACAGCAUCUAUGGCAACCAAAAGAGUACAACUUUGCUUCCUGGCAACAUUGUGGCAUCUGCUCCUACACAGCCCUUGUCCAUGAAUUUAUUGGAUUCCCUGACUGUGCAUGCUAAGAUGAGCCUGAUUCACAGUAUUGUUACAAGAGUAAUAAAACUUGCCAAGUCAAAAACUACAACAGCCCUAGCACCAGCACUGGUAGAGACGUACAGCCGAUUGCUUGUUUAUAUGGAAAUAGAGUCACUUGGCAUCAAAGGAUUUAUCAGCCAGCUUUUGCCCACUGUGGUAGAGCACCAGGCCCUAGGCAUUCUACACACUCUGCUGGAAAUGUUUAGCUAUCGACUGCAUCAUACUCAGAUCCAUUAUCGGGUACAAUUGCUCAGUCAUCUACACACUUUGGCCACCAUUCAGCAGUCCAAUCAGAACCAGCUCCAUCUGUGCGUGGAGAGCACAGCCUUGCGACUUAUAACCAGCCUUGGAAGCGCAGAAGUCCAGCCCCAGUUGUCACGUAUUGCCAGUGAAUCUAAAAGUCAGUCCAUCUUGGCAGGCGAAUCUGAGGAGCUCAACAAGGCCUUGGUGCUGACGCUGGCACGUGCUAUGGAAAUCACAGGUGCUGACAGUUUCUCUACAGCCUGGUGCAAAGACAUCUUGCUGUCCAUUCUGCAAAUGACACCCAUGGGAUGGGCAUCAACUACUCUGCAGUACUUUCCCUCCAGUCUGGCUGAAUUCUUCCGUGAACACCCAGUAAUGCCUGAAAACAAACAGCAGCUUAAGGCCACUGUUGAUGCUGAAUAUGCAAAGUGGAAAACCAUGACCAAUGAAAAUGACAUCAUCGCUCACUUCUCUAUGCAAGGGAUCCCACCUCUGUUCUUAAGCAUCAUCUGGAAAAACAUUUUGGAAGAAAACCGAAUCCCAGCCACAGCUUUUAAGGUUCUGGAUCGUCUGGGCCCAAGGGCAUUAACAAGCCACCUCCGUAAGUUUUGUGAUUUCCUGGUGUAUGAACUAUCCACAGGCACCUCUCAGCAUUUCACUAGACUUCUGGAGGCUGUGAACGACAUGAUGUGGAAGUACAAUAUCUUCACCAUAGAUCGCUUCAUUCUGUGCAUGGCUUUGAGAAACCUGGAGGAUACAGAGGCACGAGUGUGCUUCAUCAUCUUGCAGUUUCUGGUCACACGAAAUGAAUUCAAGAAUCGUGUCAUCGACUUUGUUCGAGAGAAUUCUCCUGAGCAUUGGCGCCAGAACAACUGGCAUGAGAAGCAUAUUGCAUUCCACAAGGCAUAUCCAGAGAAGUUCUAUUAUGAGGGCAUACAACAAGAUCUCAGCAGUCCUAUUCAGCAUCAGCAUCUACCUGUUUAUUUUGGGAAUGUCUGUCUUCGUUUUAUUCCUGUGUUUGAUGUGAUGAUCCAUAGGUUUUUGGAGACACCUACAGUCCAGAAGGUGUUUGACAUGGUGCUGGAGCACAUCGGCUGUCUUUAUAAGUUCCAUGAUCACCCAAUCACAUACCUAUACAACACACUUUUCUACUAUGAGAAGAGACUCAGUGGGGCACCACUUCUCAAGCGGCGUCUGGUUAAUGCUGUUAUUGGUGCAUUUAAAGACAUUCGUCCCAGCAACUGGUGUCUGUCAGAGAAGUACCAGGGUUACCUGUCACAGCCUGCUGAUGACUCUUCAUGGAAACCUGACCAUGAGUACUAUGUUCACAUGGUGUCCCGCCUUGUCAACACUAUAAGCGGAGAGAAUCCACCACCUUUUCCACACCGUGACUGGCGUUUCAAUGAGUUUCCCAAUGCUGCGGCACAUGCCUUGUAUGCUACAUGCGUGGAGCUGAUGGCUCUGCCUAUGCCUGGACAAGUAGUUGGCUCAGCACUGCUGGAUGUUGCUCUCAAGAGCUGCUCACAGCUUCCUCAUGAGAAACUGAUGGAUUGGAUGAAUGCAAUAGGCCUCAUCCUGACUGCUCUGCCGGAAUCUUACUGGGUGAUGCUGAACGAACGCAUUAUGGCUGCCAUGCAGAACCCCUGCCUAACUGCCCCUCCACCUGGGCUGAACCCCUUUCAGCUUUUUGGCUUCAAUACAUGCCAUUCCAUGCUGGCAGAAACAGACAUCUCCCAUGUGCUGGGCCUUUGUCAUGCUGUUUGGCACCAUGCGGGUAUUGGGCAGCUUAGUCACCUGCCACAGUUUGUUCGUGAGCAGCUGAGACCUGUAAUCAGAACCGAAGAGCAGUUUUUGUACCUGUGUCACCUGAUUGGACCUUUCCUGCAGAGGUUCCACCUCGAACGCACACGAUGUCUCAUGGAGCUGACAGUGGAGCUGUACGAGAUGAUGGUGAACGUGGACAAGCACUCAGAUCACAUGCGAUUUAUUGACCCCAUCAGUGACUUUCUAUAUCACAUCAAGUACAUGUUCGUGGGAGAUGGUGUCAAAAAUGAGGUGGAGAAACUCAUCUGUCAUCUCCGUCCUUCUCUCAAGCUGCGGCUGCGCUUUAUCUCCCACAUUAAUGUUGAAGAACUGACUCCACCAGCUACAGCUUGAAGUGUUGAUAAUACAUCUGGCUUGUUCGUGCAAUCACUGCCUGGGGCAGUAACUUUACCUUCUGACAAAAGACAUGCUGGAUUCCACCUCUCAACUUUGUUAUGAAGGUUGUGUCUAACAGCAUCAGGUGUACUUCCUGUUAUUGUUUUGCAUCCUUUUUUUCAGCUGUAAUGGCUGAAGGAACCAGAAAAUUGUUGUGGGCCAGCUAGUUGAAUAGUUGCCUUUUAAUAUGGAUUAACACACCUGUUCGCUGUUCUCAAGCAGCUUGGCUUGCAUUUGUAUAUUUUAAUUGUCAUGGCAGUCAUGUUUUUUACCAUAACCAUCCAUUUACUUGCUCGUAUCAAGCAUAUACAUUUUCCCAAUGACUGCGAUUGCAUAAAUUUUGUGCGCCACCAGGAGAAGUGCAAGAGGAUUCCAGUGAUGUUCUUGGAUGUGCAUCACCAACCAUUGCAUAUUGUGUCCCUCCCAAGUGAAUAUUGUCAUUUUGUUGUUUUCUGUGAUUCUGCUCAUGAAGAAUAAAGUUCAAGAAAUCCUUGGCAAGGAGACAAGUUUCUUUGGAUGUUUCUCAGCAUUGAGAGGUGUUGCAUAAGACUUGUUUUUCAUGUGUAGAAAGCACUUUACUUUAUUGAGAAGUUAAAGUUGUUAACAGAACUGCAGAGUGCCCUUGAUGACUAUUUGAUGUCAUAUUAUAUUCAUUUUGCUUCCUCAGAACAAACACCUGAACUAGACUUGGUGGACUGUUUACAGCUAAGUUCAGUGAGACAAAACAAAGACCUUUCAAACACAUGCCAUAAGAGCAAGCCAGCUUUAAUAUCACCACAUAAGUGUGAUUAUUGACCUCUUUGUCAAAAAUCUUGGUGUUUAAAGCCCUGUCUUGGGAACCAAAUUAUUUAUGCAGACUUGACGCUAAGUAAACCUAGUCAUUAAAUAAUUUAGGGUUAGAAUCAUGAGUUUAUUUAGAAGUUGUUCAUUUUACAAAAUGCAUUCAUGGAACAAAAAUUGUGGCAUUGGGACUGCAUGUUGUCUGCCUGUCCUUUUUUAUGCAGUGCCAGUUGACUUAAUCAAAAAUAUUACUUUUUAUGCUUACAUGAAAAACGAAAUGCCAGGCCAAUACUCAGGUUACAUCAGUUAAUAUGAUUGUACGUAGGCUUUCUACAUGGGUUUGAUGACUAUAUUUUUUAUUACAUGCACAUGAACUUUCUUGUGUGGAUGUUUAUCUAAGCAUAUAUUUCAGAAUAUUGACAUGUAAAAAAUGAUAAUUCAACCAUGAUGCUUACAUUUUGUAAUAAAGUGUUUAUAAUUGUUGUAUGAUAUUUUUAAAAAUGUGCAGUGCAACCAUUCAGAUUACCAAGGAGCUGUCAGGAGUAAAAGUUUUCCUUAGGACACAG